AGACGGAAAAAGGAAUUAGUGAUCUCGGGCAUUGCCUUUUGCUUUGGGGGUCCAGGCACCAAAAAUUUCCCUCUGAAUCGCUUCCCCCCAGAUCCGGCAAUCCUCUCGUCGACUUCGUUUAAUUCUCCCUUCUUUCUUCGAGUUUGUUUCUUUCCCCUGACAUUCCCAACGAGAGGAUCAAGCGGAAACCACCCUAACAAAUUACUCUUCUUCGUCUCCCCUACUUCUCCUUCCCGACUUUACCUUUCGAACCCCCAAUUAGCUGAGCUCGCCGGAGAUCAUUCUAACCCUCGGCUGCCCGUUGCACUUGUUGCGGUUUGUUUCCCAACAUUGUUAUUGUCGCUUCAGUCUGGCUUCCAGUUCUUCUUACUUUCAUAGGCUAGACCUGAUAUCAAUUACUUGCCGUUUGCUGAGGAUGCUACUUCAGAUGAAUUGUUUCCCUUUAACCAUCUGUGAUGGUGACUUUCAAUGUGGUAUUACUGGGUUGGUGUCUAUCCUUUAGUUUAAAAUCUGGGUUCUAGUUUGUUUAAAGUUUGUUGCUUUCGUAAUGCUAUGCCUCCUAGUUCCGUGGGUUAUUUUCCAUGAUCCUCUGACAAAGUUGUUUCACUAGUAAAACCCAAUGCAGAACGGAACUGCUUCGAUAAUUGGCUGGUUGGUUAUGAUGGCAGGAUUUCCUGGGUUAGCUUCUAUGCUAGCAUUGAAUGAUUUUCUUAGGCUCGCCAUUUCACUUCAUAGGAUCGACAAGCUCUACACUAGAUAAACAAUGGUUUUGCUCUUGCUGUAGUCGCAACGGUGGAAAACACAGAAUGAUGAUUUCUUGCGUUAAUAAAAAUAGCUGGUGAAAAACCCUUCUUAUUGAUGUGGGGAAACCUUUGACUAGAAGACUGUAAAAUUGUAAUGAUUCUUCAAAUGUCAUUCUUAAACGUCAAUUUAAAUAAGACAAAGGUUUUUCCUCAAUGUUCAUAGGUUCGACUUAUUAUGAUAUAGUGCUUCACAAUAGCGAGAGACAAUGCGGUUUCUUUAGCUUUCUCUUUCUCACAUUUUACAUUCGCAUAUUUGUAUGCGAACAUUUUCUACAACAGUGCCACUGUACUGAAGCCUCGAGAGUAUAUCACCAUUGCUUUACAGCGGUUAGAACUACAUGGUUCUUAUAUUUGCUUGUUGUUCGUUUGUUUCGUCAUUACAAAAGAUUUUCUACGGUUUUAUAUCUCCUAGUUGUUAUGGUGCAUCAGCAACUGCUUACAUUGCACUGGAGGUGGGAUAUAAAUGUUGAACUUGCAAUGUUCUCAGAUGGGUUGUGUUGAUGAUGAUGAGCUUGCCGGUAUAGAGGAUAUGAGUGAUGGGGAGGAUGAAAGUGAUGAAACUGUGUUGACUGAUGCAAAACGUUCAUCAGGAAGUCAGACGGGGAGAAAGUGUUGCCCAAAUAGUAAUCUUGGGGGAAAUUCAGGGCACGUUAAUAUGAGGAAAGAGGGAGGAGGAUUCACAAAAUCAUUUUGUUUGAGUCAACGUCUAAGGGCUCUGUUUGGUCAACUAUUAAUGAGGUCUGUGAUCAGUUUGUUGUUUCUAGGUUGCCUUGCUGAUUCGGGUCAGUCCUGUCCCAAAACCAGCUCCUUCAUUGGGUUUGAGUCCCAAUUCUUCAUGGUGCAGCACCAGCUUCGUGGAGUGAUGACCAUAGUUGAUGACUGCUCAUUUAGGGUUUCUGAAUUUGACAUGUUACCUGGCUUGGAUGUUCACUGGUGGGGAGCAAGUGCUACUGAUUUUGUCAACAUCACCAAGGGCUUUGUGGUCUCUGAUCAAAAUCUUAACGAUACAUUUAAAAAUGCAUCUUUUGUUGUUAAAUUGAGUAAAAAUGUCACUUGGGAGAAGUUCCAAGUCCUUUCGGUUUGGGACAUUCCCACAGCCUCUGAUUUCGGUCACAUUAUUCUGAAGAAUGAGUCUGCGCUAGCCUCCAGAUUAAGCCCUGCUUUGCCUCCAAUGCCAUCCGAUAACAAUGCUAGUCAAGGUAAAGAGAAAGGUCGGAUCUUUACUGUACCAACAAUGUUUGAUAACUGCAAGGUACUGUCUAAAGACUAUCGAGUAAGAUGGAGUCUGAGUGCCAAUAAGACUUUCAUCGAUAUAGGAUUGGAAGCAGCUAUAGGCAUCCAGAAUUAUAUGGCAUUUGGAUGGGCCAAUCCGAAAUCCAAUUCAGAUUUAAUGAUUGGUGCCGAUGUAGCUGUGGCUGGGUUCACCGAAGAAGGAUGGCCAUUUGCUGACGAUUUUUUCAUUACAAAGUAUGGUGAAUGUACUGUAAACAAGGAUGGUUCAGCAGAUGGUGUUUGCCCUGAUACCAUAUUUGAAGGAUCAGGCCCAGUUGGUUUGGUGAACAACACUCAGACCAUCUAUGGCCACAGGAAGGAUGGUGUAUCCUUUGUCAGGUACAGGAGGCUGUUGAUUCCGGUAGACAAGAAAUAUGACUUGCCCGUGAAUUAUACACAAAAGAUGAACGUGAUCUGGGCAAUAGGUUUGAUGAGGCCGCCAGAUUCAUUUAGGCCUUACUACCUGCCUCAAAAUCAUGGUGGUCCAGAGGCUGUAACUUAUGGACAUCGCCGGCUUAAUGUGUCUGAGCAAGUGAAUGAUUGUUUUGGGCCACUGGAUGCUGCAGAGAAGGAGGAUCAGGAUUUGAUAAUUGCAGAUGGAAAUGUACCUCUUGUUGUUACUUCUGGACCUGCACUACACUAUCCUAAUGCUCCCAACCCAGCGAAGGUAUUUUACAUAAAUAAGAAGGAAGCUCCAGUUUUAAGAGUUGAAAGAGGUGUACCAGUAACUUUUUCUGUAGAAGCGGGACAUGAUGUUGCGUUGUAUUUAACUUCUGACAUGCUUGGCGGGAAUGCCACAUUGAGAAACAACACAGAAACUAUCUAUGCAGGAGGGCCUGAAGCCGAGGGUGUUCCAGCUAGUCCAAUGGAGUUAGUUUGGGCGCCAGAUAGAAAUACACCCAAUCAAGUAUACUAUCAAUCGUUGUAUCAGCAGAAAAUGGGAUGGAGGGUUCAGGUUGUUGAUGGGGGUCUAUCCGAUAUGUACAAUAACAGUGUUUUCCUUGAUGAUCAGCAAGUAACCUUCUUUUGGACAUUGUCUGAUGAAAGCAUAUCGAUCGCAGCUCGAGGAGAGAGAAAAAGUGGUUAUGUUGCAAUAGGGUUUGGUACGGGAAUGGUGGACAGCUUUGUUUAUGUUGGUUGGGUUGAUGAUGAAGGCAAAGGGCAUGUGAGAACAUAUUGGAUUGAUGGAAAGGAUGCGUUGAGAGUGCAUGCUACGAAUGAGAAUCUGACUUAUGUAAGGUGCAAAUCUGAGAACGGGAUCAUUACCUUAGAGUUUACAAGGCCCUUGAAACCCACAUGUGUUCACAGACGCCGGAUAGAGUGCAAAAACAUUAUUGAUCGCACAAGUCCUCUUAAGGUUGUGUGGGCAAUGGGUGCUAGUUGGUCAGAUGAACAACUGAGUGAGAAAAACAUGCAUUCAGCAACAAGUCAAAGGCCCGUGCGUAUUUUACUCCUAGGUGGAUCUACAGAAGCAGAGCAAGAUAUUCGACCGGUUUUGGCUGUGCAUGGAUUCAUGAUGUUCCUUGCUUGGGGUAUUUUACUCCCUGGUGGUAUUCUUGCAGCUAGAUACUUGAAGCAUGUUAAGGGCGAUAGUUGGUAUCAGAUUCAUGUCUACUUGCAGUACUCAGGUUUGGCUAUCGUCUUGCUCGGCUUUCUUUUUGCAGUAGCUGAACUUCGUGGUCUGUAUGUGAGUUCAUUGCACGUUAAGUUUGGGCUUGCUGCUGUAUGUUUGGCAUGCGUCCAACCGGUGAAUGCUUUCAUGAGGCCCAAAAGACCUGGUAAUGGAGAAGAAGUCACAAGGAAAAGGCUUAUGUGGGAGUACUUACAUGUCAUAGUUGGAAGGUCUGCCAUCAUCUUCGGGAUCGUUGCGUUGUUCACUGGGACGACACAUUUGGGGGAUAGAUAUGGAGGGGAAAACGUUCAUGGUUAUAUUUGGGCAAUGAUAGCUUGGUUCUUAAUUGGAGGGUUGAUGUUAUUUUAUCUUGAACAUAGAGCUAGGCAGAGAAUGAGAGGCAGAGUAUAUGCAGGAAGAAGUAACUGGGUGCUGGGUAAUGUGGAAGAAGAUGAUUCUGUUGAUCUCCUGAACCCAACUAGGGCUUCUGCCGAAACGGGUUUGCAACAGUCUGGAAGAAUGGAAGUCCAGCUAGAACCUUUGAAUAGAUAAUUAAGAUACCGGUGUGGUAAAUCAUCAAUUUUGGUAUUAAGUCAUCAAUCAUCCUUCUCCAAUCUGGCAAGUUUGCUUGGGAGCUUUACUCUUGAAUCAUCUAUUCCAAUAACCUCCUGCAUUCAUUCAGCCCAGGUUGCGUUUUGUAUACUUGACACGCCUUUGAAUUGAAGCUGAUAGAAUAUAGAGUUUUCCAUUCCUGAUAUCUUGAUAUAAAGAGCUGACUUGUUUUUUACUUUGCUUGUACACUAACUCAGAUACAUGUUAGUCCAAUAGCAGCUUGUUACUUUUAUCUACAUGAUGAUGUUUUUGGUUUCACCUUGAUGUAUCUGUCAAUGGCCUUAGGGCAACAUUUUCGGUUGCUUUGCAUCAUUCAACCGAACUCCCAUCGCUAUAAUUGAGUCCUUUCAGGAGCAUUUCGUAAAAUUGGAACGAUAAAGAGAAGAUUAACAU